AACAGACAAGUGUUGUGCGGCAGACAUAAGGAAACAGUCCGCGGACGGGCUCAAGAAGCAUUCUUCAUCCUGCCUCAUGGUACUCAACGGAACAGAUCAUUUUAGCUCCGAACAGUAUAAGGAAGUAAAUUUUACAUAUGCCGCUAGUUCACUGUAAUAGUAGUAACCAUCAGAUGGCGCAGUAAUUUGAACACUACUUGAAUGCACAGGAGUUUCCAAGCUCUGGUGUGGUCGGCAGCAAAAUGGCAGCGAGCGACUCUAUCACAGACGAUAGCCUUUAUCCGAUUGCAGUUUUGAUCGACGAACUAAAAAACGAGGAUGUCCAGUUACGGUUGAAUUCGAUAAAAAAAUUGUCCACGAUUGCUCUUGCUCUAGGCAUCGAACGGACACGUAGCGAAUUGAUACCAUUUCUAACAGAUUCUAUGUAUGAUGAGGAUGAAGUCCUACUAGCACUGGCUGAACAACUUGGGCAGUUUACUCCUCUUGUAGGAGGUCCGGAAUAUGUACAUGUCUUACUGCAACCUCUAGAGACUUUAGCAACAGUGGAGGAAACCAUUGUUCGCGACAAAGCAAUGGAAUCUUUAAGAACAAUUGCUGCUCAACACAGUUCAACAGAUCUGGAAGAGCAGUUUGUUCCUUUGAUACAUCGUUUAGCUACAGGAGAUUGGUUUACGUCAAGAACAUCUGCAUGUGGCCUAUUUAGUGUUUGUUACCCUAGAGUUAGUCCAUCAGUGAAAGCGUGUUUACGAAAUCAUUUUCGUAAUUUGUGCCAAGAUGAUACACCAAUGGCACGUCGAUCUGCUGCUUCAAACUUAGGAGAAUUCGCGAAGGUUAUGGAGAUUGAAUAUGUAAAAGCAGAUUUAAUUCCAAUGUUUGUCAUUCUAGCUCAAGACGAACAAGAUUCGGUGCGUCUUUUGGCUGUUGAAGCUUGUGUUACCAUCGCAGCCCUACUACCACAAGAAGAUGUAGAACAAUUAGUUAUGCCUACACUUCGUCAGUGUGCAAGCGAUCAGUCAUGGCGUGUGCGUUAUAUGGUUGCUGAUAAGUUCACUGAUCUUCAAAAAGCGGUAGGCCCGGAGAUCACAAAGACAGAUCUCGUACCAGCAUUUCAAGUAUUAUUAAAAGAUAUAGAGGCUGAAGUACGAGCUGCAGCCGCUGACAAAGUUCGUGAUUUCUGUCAAAAUCUUGACAAAUUCAGUCAAGAAUCUAUUAUCAUGACAAACAUACUACCAAUAGUCAAAGAACUUGUGUCAGAUCCAAAUCAGCAUGUAAAAUCAGCUCUAGCGAGCGUUAUAAUGGGUCUUAGUCCAAUACUUGGGAAACAUAAUACAAUCGAACAUCUACUACCAUUAUUUUUGUCACAACUGAGAGAUGAAUGUUCAGAAGUACGCUUAAAUAUUAUCAGUAAUUUAGAAUGCGUUAAUGAAGUCAUUGGUAUACAACAGCUUUCACAAUCUCUUUUGCCAGCUAUUGUAGAAUUAGCUGAGGAUACAAAAUGGCGAGUAAGAUUAGCCAUUAUAGAGUACAUGCCGCUACUAGCUGGACAGCUUGGAGUUGAAUUCUUUGACGAAAAAUUAAAUUCUUUAUGUAUGACCUGGUUGGUGGAUCACGUCUAUGCUAUCAGAGAAGCAGCUACGUUAAAUUUGAAAAAAUUGGUAGAAAAAUUCGGACCCGAGUGGGCACAAAAUACAGUAAUACCUAAAGUGUUAGCAAUGUCGAGGGAUCAAAAUUACCUUCACAGAAUGACGUGUCUGUUUUGUAUUAACGUAUUGGCUGAAGUAUGCGGUCCAGAAAUAACGACGAAAGUGAUGCUUCCAACUGUCCUCGGAAUGGCUACUGACAAUGUUGCUAAUGUACGAUUUAAUGUUGCGAAAACUCUUCAGAAGAUAGGACCUUAUCUUGAGCCUAGCGCAGUGCAGGUUCAAGUAAAACCUGUGCUUGAUAAGCUCAAUACAGAUAGCGACGUCGAUGUGAAAUAUUUUGCUUCAGAAGCAAUUGCAGGCAUUGCAGGCUGAACAAAAAGAAAUUGCAUUUAAAAUUUACCCUUCAAUAUUCAACUUCAACCUCAAGAAGUAACCUGCCGCAAUAUUUACACUUACACAUGGCAACAGGUAACAUUAUUGCACAGUCAGAGCAGAUUUUAAUGUCGAGAAAUAUAAACUUCAAAUUAGUAGUUCAUAUUAAACGAUAUUUUAAGUUCUGUUGUAUCUGUAUAUCUAUAAUUAUAUUACUUAUUAAAUAUUCAAUUUAAUUUGUAAAAUGUAUUUCUUAAGCGUACCUACUUAUCUAAAAAAAUAAUAUAAUAAUAAAAGGUACCUCAGAAUCA